AUGUAUGUAUUUGGACCAUGUGUUUGCUUGGUUCCCAUGGAUAUCAUAAGAGGGUUCUGGAUCCUCUGGAACUGGUAAAGGUGGCUGCAAGCCAAUAUGUGGGUAUGCAGAACUGAACCCAGAUUUUCUGCAAGAGCAACAAAUACUCUCAACCCUUGAGGAUCUCCAAGUUGUUUAAUUUUUAAUAGCACUUUCAUUUAUGUAUUUGUUUGUAUUUUCAUUCUAUGUGUAUAUGCAUACGCACCAUGGUAUACAAGUCAGUUUUAAUCCCCUUCUGCCAUGUGAGUUCUGGAGAUCAAUCUCUGGAUAGGUGGUCUGUUUUGGCAUUAGGUACCUGUUUCUACUGAGUCAUCUCACCAUCCCCAAAUGAGCUUAAACUUAAUAUUCCCUGGCUAGCAUGGAACUUGGUUUGAAGACCAGGCUGGCUUCAAACUUGCAGCAAUACUAUGGGUCUGCCCACUGACUGCUACGAUUAUAGGCAUGCCUCACCAUGACUAGAGUCAGGCUGGAUUUUGAUAGGAGAGUUCAUUUGUUAACACUAAGCUAACUAUUAUUACUCUCCAUUAAGUUUGAUCCCAAAUGUGUCUGUUCAUCUCUAAUUAUAUGUGGCUUCUGCUAAGUAAAGCUCAAUGACAGGCGCUUGAGUUUAGGUCCUGACAUGCUGUGCUUGAAAUGGCAAGAGGUGGCUACAAGGUAAAAUGACUUAGCCACUUAGAGGCCAAUGAGGACUGGACUCUGUGCCAGGAAACUAGACUGCACACAUGCAGCCUGGAGUUACAAGAUACAUCAGUCAGGGUUCUCCAGAGCAAGAAAAGAAAUAGCAAAAUGCUCUUUCUUCAGGAGAGCUCAGCCUUUGCUCUUUAAACCUGACACUGAUUGAAUUAUGGAGGGUGAUUGGCUUUAUUCACACCCUAAUGACUGAUGUGAGUCACAUCUGAGGAAUUCCUUCAGAGCAAAAUCUUGACUGGGGUUUGAUGGGACAACUGGGUACCACAGCAUAGCCAAGUGGCUACACAAAAUAAACUACCCCCCACAAAGCACCAUUAAGCAGUAGUAAAAUAAGAAUGGGUGAGUUCUAAACGAAAUCUACAGCAUCCAAUAACAUCAAGAGGAUCAAGGCUGGGGGUGGUGGCGUGGGGGAUGAAGGAUUUCCAGGGUUGGGCGCCACUAUUUCCCUCAAAUAUUCAAAUGCUGUUUUUCUUUUGGUGACACCCAAAGUAUGAUUUCCACUUACAAUAUAUGUCCUUGUUUCUUUCAGUGGCCUUUGGUUUUUAUUUGGAGCAGGUUGCAGAAUUUUCUAGAGACUGGUGUUUCCUUAGCCUUUAUCUUCAUUCACCCUUGGGAUCUGUUGGCCCUUGGAUUAUAAGGGUUGGAAUCUGCAUAAUGAUGUCUUAACCCUGUUCUGUGUUGCCCAUGAUAGCCUGUAUACAGCCCAGAGCUAGAUCAAUGCCUUCCUCUGCUCAGCCUCUGUUGCUGAUGGCUGCUUCCUUCUUAGAUUCCUCCUGGCUUGACUUGCUUCUGUAGCUGGACAGUUCUAGAAUCCCAAACAUGUCUUCACUUAGGAUGUCUGGAAGAUCCACAGAAAGUCUGCCUUUGGCAAUCCAAUAAAGACUUUCAAGUUAGAAGAACUCCACUUGGCCUGGCUUAAUUUAUUUAGAACUUUCAUACACCACUGAGAGUGGAUUUAUUAAGCUAUGGGUAGUGCUGUCUUUGGUUAACACAGUUGUUCUGGUGUCAACUCUUGGGUCCACCCAGAUUUAUACUGAGCCUCCAACACUUUAUUUCUGUGGAAGACCCACCCAACCUAAUCACUUUGAGCAUAUCUAUAGGAAAUGUGGAAAUGGUGGUCUUUCUUGCCUCACAUUGUGGCUAUCAAGCGCAAAGGAAGUAAGAAUUGAUUAUUUUAACAAGGAAAGUGUUCACUGAAGGUACUGUUUGCUAACUGACAGUUUCUAACUCACCUCUUUUACCAUAUGCAUGUGUUCUUUCAUCUUUCAGGGGCUUUAUUGCUGAGUGAGUACUUCACUACUUCUGUUACAACAUAGAUUUGUUGAAACAGAUUCGAGUGUUAUUUGCUCUCUUGAGUCAAUUAUAGAUGCAAGAGAUGUCGAUAAAUUAAAAUCAAGCCAGAUUAUUACAUUAGUUAUUUUUCUUCCCAUUACCCCUGAAUACCUGGUAUAAGAACCCACUUAAGGGAGGAAAGAUUUGUUUUGGUUCAUGGUUUGAAGCACUGUCCACAGUGCUGGGGAAGAUAUGCAUGCUGGAGCAGCUAUGGUGGUAGACCAAGGAAGGAAGAGGAGAAAGAACAUUGAGGGAAGCUGAAGUACUCCGCCCCAGACCCCAUCAAUUACUAACUUCCCCUACCAACUCCCUGUCUCCUGAAGAUGCCAAGGCCUCUCAAAACAGCACCAACCACUGGAGAGUAACUGUUCAAACAAACAAGCCUGUAGGACAUUUUACAUACAAACUAUUACAUUGUUUUAAAUGCCUGAACUUAGUUACUAGUUUAGUAAGAUCAUGAUACUAUUCUUUAAGAAGUGUUGGCAGCUCUGCAUUGCCCUCAUUUGGGGACUGUAAGAGAAGUCCUUACUGGCUGGCCAACCUUGAAUCAAAUCUUGGCAUCCGUGCCAACCUUCAUGUGUUGUCCUUAUGGCUAAGAUUGCUGGAGCAUGAAACUAGCCCACACUAAAUCAGCCAACGUUCCCACAUCCCAUAAUGAUGUCAUCCCCAGCAUUUACCUCUGCUUGCCUGCCUAUGAAUGGGUUAAUCCUGGCUUCUGCCUCCAACUUAUUUUUGUAAUUAUCCUCAUGUGCCUUUCAGAUGCUGAUUUUUUUUUUUAAUCUCUUUUCCAAGCUUGACUUGAGUAAGCAAAAGCUGAGAUACUGUCAUUUCCUAAAUAAGCUAAAGGGAAGAUUUGGCCCAUUAUAACCACUCUGCCUGCUGAAUCUAUGUUCACGGGCUCCUCUCUAAUGGAACGUCGAGGAAUAACUAUAAUUGAAUAGUGCUUCCACUCCAUCUGCAGAUUCCACCAAAUCAAACCCAGAUUUGGUUCUAUCUUGUUUUUGUUUGUCUCGCAUUGUGUUUGUGCCCCCAUUGGGUGAAGCAUAAGCUUGGGCUUCAUCUGGAUAUAUUUGCAACUCACAGAGGCAGUAAUUGAGUCUCUGAAUCUCCUUACCUACCCCGAGGGUUCCAACUCUGAGCUGUUGCAUUAAACCCCACUAGUUCUUGGUUCCCUUCAAAGGUAAUGUCCCAUCUGUUGACUGUGAACUGGGGCAAUGUAGAACUCAGAUCUGUCAGGGCUAUUCACUGAUCCAAAGACCUUCCCUUUCCUUUACAGAAAGAGCCACUUCCGAGUUUUUGAAGCCAGUGCUUUGCUUUCUGCAGAGGACAAUGUGAGCUUGGCAUAGUGUAAAGGUUAACACUUGCUCUCUGGCCUCUGAGGGCAGGUGCUGCUGAGCCUUGUGCAGCUUGCUGCAGGGUGCUGGGGAAUGAGAGCUGCUGGAUCCUGCAGCAAGGCAGCAUCCGGCUGUCUCCGGCACCGUGGUAUUGUGUCUGAUCCCAUUCAGUCUCGCUGAAGUCCUUUAUGCUGUGGCGCCUGACAGCCAAUUGAUAAUGGUCUGUAAACUCUGGUGGAUUUGGAGCAGGUCCAUGCAAACGUUUCAGUGGCAGGCAUCAGCAGUUUUAAACCCGUGUCUGUGCCACAUUUGGAAGUGGAAAGAAGGAGUAAUUAGCUCAGCAUCAUAACCAGGAAGUUUUCGGGACAAGUAGGGAUUUUAUUUUUUAAAGAAUGUAAUAGUAGAGCUGGAGAGAUGGCUUAAUGGUUCAGAAUGCUUGCUGAUGCUGCCUAGGACCCAAGAUCCCUUCCCAGCACCCACAUGAUGGCUCAUAGCUAUCUGUAUCUCCUGUCCCAGAGGCUGUGAUGCUGCCUUCUGGGCUGCAGGCAGUGGGGCACACAUGGUACACAUAUAAACAGGCAAACAAGCGAAGCACCCAUCCACAAAACUAAAAGCAAUUUAAAAUCUUUAAAAAACAAUCUGAGAUAGUGAAAAUUGCAUACGUGUUUGUCCAGCUACUUGUAUAAGCUUGGGAGACAUGCACAUGCUUGCUAGGAAAGGGUUAAAAAUGUCUGUACCUCCUCCCACCUCUACAGCCACAGGCCACAGGCAAAUGUACACAGCUGCACCCGCACACACAGACACACACUCAGGUAAGGAACCUGUUUUGCAGGUUUUCCUGGUUAAAAGUAGGUAGGGGGUUGGUGGCGGGGAAGAGCAGGAAAACCUUACAAGUGCAGACUGAAGAUUUUUCAAAGUAACUUUACCCGGUAGAGAGAGGCACACUUGUGCCACUGUGAGGUUUUUUUUUUUUUCUUCCUCUUGCACUGAUUAAGUGCAUUGUUAGACAGGGAGGGGCAGAUUAGCGAAUGCCUAUAAUUUUGAUCAUUGUUUUCUGCAAAACAGCUCAGGCUUUGAAAACGAAGCCACCGUUUUUUUGGUUCCCUUGCUGCCAACAGCACAAAUUACACCGCGCAAAGAUCCCGAGCCCGGCUGAAAGGUUUCAUUAAUGAACAAUUUCAGAUGAUUGUUUCAGUCUUUACUUGACAGGUAACGUUGGCAUGUAGGCAGGUGGUGUUAAGGUUUCCAUGGAGAUUUAUGAUGUCAUGCUUGAAAGAGCAUGUCAAGACAGCCAGUUUAACAAGUAGUUACUCAAAAAGUCCUAUAGGCUACAAAUAGGCUUUAUGCAAAUGAGGAGAGUUUCACUGGGAAAAACUGCAAAAGAAAACAGCCGAGGCAUGGAGGGGGGUUUACCUGACAGCUCGGAGGACGGAUGAGUCCGAAGACCAUUAGAUUUGUAAAGUUUCAGAAGAUGAACUAGGAUUUCUUCUUUCGCCUCUGCCUCACCUGUGGAGUGCUUGGUACAGACAAAAAGUCCCAAGCUGUCCCACAGUCCUCAACCUCCCAAUUUGGGGGAUCCGGUUGAACAUUUAUCAGAGACAUCUGGUGACUCUUUGGAAGCCAUGUCCGAGGGAGAAGUACCGAGUCCUUUCGCCAGAGGCAGUCGUACUCGCGCGAGCCUUCCCGUGGUGAGGUCGGCCAAUCAAACAAAGGAAAGAUCCCUGGGUGUCCUCUACCUCCAGUAUGGAGACGAAACCAAACAGCUGCGGAUGCCGAAUGAAGUCACAAGCACAGACACAAUCCGAGCUCUCUUCGUCAGUGCCUUUCCCCAGCAGCUCACCAUGAAGAUGCUGGAGUCGCCCAGUGUUGCCAUCUACAUCAAGGAUGACAGCAGAAAUGUCUACUAUGAGUUAAAUGAUGUGAGGAAUAUCCAAGACAGAUCCCUUCUCAAAGUAUACAACAAGGAUCCUUCACAUGCAUUUAACCACAUGACGAAAGCCGUGAACGGAGACAUGAGGAUGCAGAGAGAAAUUGUUUAUGCAAGAGGAGAUGGGCUUGUUGCCCCCCGACCAGGAUCUGUGGCUCACCCACCUCAUGUAAUUCCAAACUCCCCACCAUCAACUCCGGUGCCCCAUUCCUUACCUCCCUCUCCAUCCAGAAUUCCUUACGGGGGCAGCCGUCCAAUGGCUAUUCCUGGCAAUGCCACCAUCCCCAGGGACAGACUCUCGAGCCUGCCAGUAUCCAGAUCCAUCUCCCCAAGCCCCAGCGCCAUUUUGGAAAGAAGAGAUGUCAAACCGGAUGAAGACAUGAGCAGCAAAAACCUGGUUAUGUUCAGAAAUGAGGGUUUCUAUGCCGACCCUUACCUCUAUCAUGAAGGACGAAUGAGCAUAGCCUCAUCCCAUGGCGGCCACCCUUUGGAUGUCCCAGAUCAUGUCAUUGCGUAUCACCGCACAGCGAUCCGGUCAGCGAGUGCUUACUGUAGCCCUUCCUUGCAAGCAGAAAUGCAUAUGGAGCAGUCGUUAUACAGACAAAAGUCAAGGAAAUACCCUGAUAGCCAUUUGCCUACCUUGGGCUCCAAAACGCCCCCAGCCUCUCCACACCGUGUGGGUGACUUAAGAAUGAUAGACCUGCACCCGCAUCUUAACACACAUGGGCCCCCUCACACUCUGCAGCCAGACCGGGCCUCCCCCAGUCGCCAGUCCUUUAAAAAGGAACCCGGCACCCUGGUGUACAUCGAAAAGCCACGAAACACUUCAGGAUUAUCCAGCCUUGUAGACCUGGGGCCUCCUCUAGUUGAGAAGCAAGGUUUUGCUUACAGCACCACUACAAUCCCCAAAGACAGAGAAACCAGAGAGAGGAUGCAAGCCAUGGAGAAGCAGAUUGCCAGUCUAACUGGCCUUGUUCAGUCUGCGCUUUUUAAAGGGCCCAUUACAAGUAGUAGCAAAGAGGCGUCUAGUGAGAAAAUGGUGAAAGCCACAGCCAACAGGAACCAAGCAGAUGGUGCAGGAACGGCCCAUGUUUCUGCAGGGAAGGUUCUGGGCUCUGUGGAGUUCUCCCUGCCGCCCAGCCAACCCCUGCCUGCCGGAACCUCGCCCAUCCACACUAGCCUGCUUGACAUGAGGAGGAACGUGGCUGAACUCAGGCUCCAACUCCAGCAGAUGAGGCAGCUCCAGCUGCAGAACCAGGAGAUUCUGAGGGCGAUGAUGAAGAAGGCUGAGCUGGAAAUCAGUAACAAAGUGAAGGAGACCAUGAAGAGACUAGAGGAUCCGGUACAGCGUCAGCGCACCCUGGUGGAGCAAGAGAGACAGAAGUACCUCCACGAAGAAGAGCGGAUUGUCAAAAAGUUAUGUGAGCUGGAGGACUUUGUUGAGGACUUGAAGAAGGACUCUUCCUCCACUGGCAGAGUGGUGACCCUGAAAGAUGUGGAAGAUGGGGCUUUCCUCCUGCGACAAGUGGGAGAAGCUGUGGCCACUCUCAAAGGAGAAUUUCCAACUUUGCAAAAUAAGAUGCGUGCUGUCCUGCGCAUAGAAGUUGAGGCAGUAAGGUUCCUGAAGGAAGAGCCACACAAGCUGGACAGUCUCCUGAAGCGUGUGAGGAGCAUGACAGAUGUCUUGACGAUGUUGCGGAGGCAUGUCACUGAUGGGCUCCUGAAAGGCACCGAUGCAUCCCAGGCUGCACAGUAUGUUGCCAUGGAGAAGGCCACAGCUGCAGAGGUCCUGAAGCAUCAGGAAGAGACAGCCCAUGCCCCUGGGCAACCCCUCCACUGUAGCACUGGAAGCCCUGGCGAUGUGAAGUCAGAAGUGGUGCCCCUAUCCACCAUGACAGUUCACCAUGUACAGAGCUCGCCUGUGGUCAUGCAACCUUCCCAGCACUCCUCAGCCUUGAUGAACCCAGCCCAGAACUUGCCUGGAGGAACCAGACCUCACACAGCCAGCCCUCCAGCAAUCACACAGGAAGUAACCUCUGCCCAGUCAGCUCCAGGCCCCCAGUCCCCUCAGACCCCAGUGAAUGGUUCCUCCAUGCAGAGCUUGUUCAUUGAGGAAAUUCACAGUGUGAGUGCCAAGAACAGGGCAGUGUCCAUUGAGAAGGCAGAAAAGAAAUGGGAAGAAAAAAGGCAAAAUCUGGAACACUAUAACGGAAAGGAGUUCGAGAAGCUCCUGGAGGAAGCUCAGGCCAACAUCAUGAAGUCAAUUCCAAACCUGGAGAUGCCCCCAGCUUCCAGCCCAGUGUCAAAGGGAGAUGCGGCAGGGGAUAAGCUGGAGCUGUCAGAAGAUUCUCCAAAUUCAGAGCAGGAAUUGGACAAGAUAGGGGGAAAGUCACCCCCUCCUCCACCCCCACCCCCUCGGAGAAGCUACCUUCCUGGAUCAGGACUUACCACCACGAGAUCAGGCGAUGUGGUCUACACUGGCAGGAGCAUGUCUAAGGUGAGCAGUGAAGACCCUGGGCCAACACCACAGACUAGAGCCACAAAAUGUCCCCCGGAGGAACCUGCCUCAGCCUGGGCCCCAUCCCCACCACCAGUCCCUGCCCCUUCCUCCAAGGAGGAGGAGGAAGAAGAAGAAGAAGGAGACAAAAUCAUGGCAGAACUCCAGGCAUUCCAGAAGUGUUCCUUUAUGGAUGUAAAUCCAAACAGUCAUGCUGAGCAGUCCCGAGCUAACAGCCACCUUAAAGACACUAGGGCAGGCGCCACAGCCCCACCCAAGGAGAAGAAGAAUUUGGAAUUUUACCACGAAGAUGUACGAAAAUCUGAUGUUGAAUGUGAAAAUGGCCCCCAAGUGGAAUCUCAAAAGGUUACUGCAGGGGCUCUGAGACCUAGUGGCCCCCCCAAAUGGGAAAGAGUCAUGGUGGAUAGUAUAUCUGACACCUCAAGAACAUCAGAAUGUAGAGCUGACACCUUCACAGAGGAAAAUGCCACACCCAAUAAGAGCUUAUUCAGAGACAGUAGAAAUUAUUCCCAGAAAAAUGUGCCUAAGGUCAGUUUUUCUUCCUCUGGCCUGAACUCAUUAGAAGGUGAAAUCAACAAAGGGCCUAAUGUCUCGGGACUACAGUGUGCUAUUCCUGACUUGGAAAAUCAGAAGUUAAAUUUUGGAAAGACAAAAGAGAUAGGCCAACAGGGACAAGAAAAUGCAGACAAGAGUCACAUUCCUCUCCCAACUCGAUCAGCAGAAUUCAGUAUUCAUGAUGUCAAAACACAAGAUCAAGAUGUUCCCGUGACAGGUUAUGGCCAAGUUGUCCUGAGAUCGAAGGUGGGUAGGCACGCUAAUAUGAACAUGAAUGAGGAUGGAGAAUCAACUCCAAGUUCUCCCAGUGAGGAACACACAGCCACUGAUAACAUCGCCUUUAUGAUCACCAAAACUGCUGUCCAGGUUCUGUCCAGCGGGGAGGUCCAUGACAUAGUGAGUCAAAAAGGACAAGAUGUACAGACAGUUAAUAUUGAUGGAAGGAAAGAGACAGCCUCUCAGCACGAAGGGACAGAAGGGGAAGAACCGGUUGUGUGCCUGGACAAGAAACCAGUUAUUAUCAUUUUUGAUGAACCCAUGGACAUCCGAUCUGCAUAUAAAAGACUCUCAACCAUCUUUGAGGAAUGCGAUGAGGAGCUAGAGAGAAUGCUGACAGAGGAAAAGAUAGAGGAAGAGGAAGAGGAUGAAAACGAAGACUCUGGAGUCCGAACCUCAUCCCAAAUGUCCUGUGAACAGGUCGACUCGAGAAGUGAUAGGAUGGGACAAAAGGCAGAGACACAGUCACAGCCCCAUGUCCUGUCAGCAGAGUUGCUAACUCCAGGAGUGCAGGGGGUUCGUAAAGCCGAGCAGAGAAAGCUUAGCUCAGCUGAUUCUCCAGACUCAGGGAAUAAGUGUGGCAUGGUUGAUGACCAGUUUGAAAGUCCCAAGAAAAAGUUUAAGUUCAAAUUCCCUAAAAAGCAGCUUGCUGCUCUUACACAGGCAAUUCGCACAGGCACCAAAACGGGAAAGAAAACCCUGCAGGUGGUUGUCUAUGAGGAAGAGGAAGAGGACGGUACUUUGAAACAGCACAAAGAAGCCAAGCGGUUUGAAAUCACCAGGUCACAGCCUGAAGAUGCCCUCAAAACCAUGGCUAGGAGGCAAGAGCAGCUCAGCCCUGAGGGCACCCUUCCGGCAUCAAGGACUGAUGAAAUUAGGAAAAGUACUUACAGAACACUGGACAGCCUGGAGCAGACCAUAAAGCAACUUGAAAAUACAAUCAGUGAAAUGAGCCCCAGGGCCCUAGUUGAUACCUCAUGUUCUUCCAACAGAGAUUGUGGUGCAAGCUUGCCCCACAUGGCCCAAGAGGUCUCUCCCCGGUCCUUGCUAGUUCUGGAUGAAGUACCCCCUGCCCCAGAGCCCCCCACAUCCAUAUCUCCAGCUUCACGUAAGGGCUCCAGCACCACCCCACAGACAAGCCGGAUGCCAGUCCCCAUGACUUCCAAGAACAGACCCGGAAGCCUGGAUAAGGCCAGCAAGCAGUCCAAACUACAGGAUCCCCGCCAAUACCGUCAGGCUAAUGGAAGUGCUAAGAAAGCUGGUGGGGACUGUAAGCCUACUUCCCCCUCCUUACCUGCUUCUAAGAUUCCAGCCCUUUCUCCCAGCUCUGGGAAAAGCAGUUCUCUGCCUUCCGCUAGUGGGGACAGCUCUAACCUCCCCAAUGCACCUGCUACUAAACCAUCGAUUGCUUCUACCCCUCUCAGCCCCCAAGCAGGACGGUCCGCUCACUCCGCUUCCCUCAUCCCUUCUGUCUCUAAUGGCUCCUUAAAGUUUCAGAGCCCACCUCACGCAGGUAAAGGCCAUCAUCACCUUUCGUUCGCACUGCAGACUCAAAAUGGCCGAGCUGCCCCUACUACCUCUUCCUCCUCAUCCCCUCCUUCCCCUGCCUCCCCCACCUCCCUGAAUCAAGGUGCCAGGGGCAUCAGGACCAUCCAUACUCCUAGCCUCGCCAGCUACAAAGCACAGAAUGGAAGUUCAAGCAAAGCCACCCCAUCCACAGCAAAAGAAACGUCUUAAAGGCCAGAUCCUAUUAGGCACAAGGUGGAAUUGCAUCCUUGUUUUUAAUUUUCAGCAAUCUGGAACAAGUGUUUUCAUAAGAGAAUGUAUCAUAUUGCUGUAUCGUUCAAGGCUUCAUGCAGAGUAUGUGCUAAGUACUGAGUUGGUAGCUGCAGUAAAGCUUGUUUUUUUUCCACUCUGUUGCUGUUGUAAUUGCAUAGUGUUUACUGUCUAGAUUCGAUACCUAUUACAUGAAGAAAGCAUGUGCUAUAAAAAGAGAGAGUAUGAUGAGAGUGAAGACAUGUGUGAGACAAGCUGACUGUACUAUGCAUGUAAAACAUGUAUGAUUCCAGAAUUUUAGUAUGUUUUGUAUAAAAAUAUUUUUCAUUACAGAGACUAGAGGCAAACAGAGAAAUAAAUACGCAAGCGUGACUAUAUAAAUUGUAAAGCAUAUAUUAUGAUAUUUUCUUUUAUUUUAGUGUUAUUUAGCUUUAUUACAGAUUUCUAUUUUUGUCAAAACUUCAUGGUUCCUUUCAAAAUCUUUUUUGCCAAAACAUUUUGAUACUACAGCAUUGUACAUUUGAAAGUAGCGUGCUAGCCUUUAAGCCAAUGAGCUUCUACAGUCGUAGAAAGAAAUUCAGCAAAACUCCUGCACUGCCAGCAAAAGUUUGUAUGAUAAUUCGCUAGCGCAAGCCAGCUCAUUUUUUUCUUUGUUUUCUUUUCAUUUUCUUCUUCCUUUUUUUUUUUUAAAGACAAAACAUCUGAGUAUUCUGUAGCUGUUUUCUUUGCACUGUCUGACCCCCUUUUAUGUUUUCUUAGACCUGGUAAUUCAUACCAUUGCAUUGUGGAUUUUAAAAUGUACACUUCUGUAUGGUUCUGUACACUGAGGAACUUUUGUAAAUAUACAAAUAUAAAUAAACAUCAAAAUACUAUCUGUGACAGCACAUAGAGUAGUUUUCCCACACCAAAGUUAAUUUGUAUGCAUGCUUAAGAGUCUAUAUUGGGAUGGGCAGAAAUGGGACUAUCCAUACAUUUUUAAAAAGCAACAAGUUUGCACAGUUAGGGUGGUUUUGUAGAUAACUGUAUUUGUAUAACACAGCCAUGUAACAUAUGGAGCUAUAAGCAGAGACUUGGCAAAACUAAAUAAAGGGCUGCAUGCUUAUUAUUUUUUUUUUGUACCUUGUCACUAUAACGUCUUUCAGUCAACGAAUAUGUAACUAUUGCCACAGGGUUUCAGCUCUGAGGGCAUUCUAAGCAACGUGUAAUCACAUCCACUCAUACAGUGUUGCUUCCUCGAAAGGGAAGGAUGAAUUCCUAAUAAACUCAUCAACCAUG